AUGUCCAGCUCGUGGACUGGACUUUCCAGCUCAUGGAGCCGCCGCCAGUGGAUCCAAGCGAUCCAAUCGUGCAAAACGUUGUCCGAAGCGGCGAGGAUCCACUCGCUGGCGGAGAAGAUCUUUGCCAGCGACGACGCCCUGAUCGUCACGAAGCUGAUCGAGAUGUAUGGCAAAUGCGGGAGCGUGAGGAAGGCCCGGGCGAUUUUCGACGCCAUCCCGGGCUCUCGCAGGGAUUCCUUCGCGUGGGUCGCGAUGCAGUGCGUGUACGCGCGCAACGGCGAGUUGGACGAGGCCAGGGCGCUGUUUGAUGCGAUGCCGGAGAGGGAUCUUGCAGCAUGGAAUGCGAUGCUUUCAGCAUUUGCCCGUCUUGGGCAUUUUGAAGAGGCGAAGAAGCUCUUCCGGAUCAUGCCAGAGAAAAAUUUGAUAUCGUGGAGCGUGAUGCUCGAUGCGUUCUCCAAAGAGGGCGAUUUGGAUCGAGCUCUAGAGGUAUUCUUUUCAAUGCCGCAGCACGAUUUGGUCGCGUUUAACACGAUUGUCGCGGCAUUUGCCCAACAGGGGCAAAUAGAUCGGGCUAGAAAGAUCCUAGAAUCAAUGCCCGAGCACGACAUAGUGACGUGGACGUCACUGCUGGCGGCGCACGGGAACCACGGUGACGUGGAGGCUGCCAAAGAAGUCUUUGACGGCAUGCAUUACAGAAGCCUUGUGACGUGGAAUGCCCUGAUGGCAGCAUAUGCCCAGAACGGGCAUUUGGAAUCUCUUGAUUCGUUUUUCACGGCAAUGCCAGAGCGGGAUUUAAUCUCCUGGAACACUCUACUCUCGGCUUUUGCUCACGGAGGGAAUCUAAAAGGCGCUCUUGAAAUAUUCCAAGCGAUGCCACUGAAGAACAUAGUCUCCUGGACUUUGCUUCUAGCAGCAUAUGCCGAGAAUGGGAAAUUUUCCAAAGCUCGCAGAUGCUUUGAGGAUAUGCCCCAGAGAGACCUGGUUUCGUGGACGUGUAUGCUCGUGGCAUAUGCCCAGAGCGGGUAUCUCGUAGAUGCCCAGCGAAUGUUUGAAAGUAUGCCACGCCACAAUCACGUUGCAUGCAGUGCGAUGCUGGUGGCAUAUGCUCAAAACGGGCAGCUCGAAACAGCGAAAGUCAUGCUAGACCGAAUGAGAGAGAGGGAUUUGUUCUCGUGGAACGCAAUGCUGGCAGCAUAUGCCCAGGCGGGGCAUGUCGACCAUGCAAAAGAAAUGUACGACAAUGCGCCGUACCACACACUAGCUUCCUGGAAUUCUAUGCUGUGUGCAUACGCAUUAAAUGGUUACGUACACCAGGGUCUUUGUGUUUUUGAGAAUUCUCGAGAAAAAGAUUUGGCAACGUGGAAUGCACUGCUUGCUGCAUAUGCCAGAAACGGGCACCUUGAUUUUGUUGACAGACUGUUUGUGAAGAUGCCGGAAAAGGACUUGGUUUCCUGGGGAACGCUCCUGAAUUGCUACGCUGAGAAGGGGUACUACAACGAUGCGUGUCAAAUCUUUGAUGAGUUGAGGGCUAUCUACACUGCGGAUGAGGGGUGCUUCACUUCGAUUCUUAUUGCUUGCAGCCGAGCCGGGAAACUCUAUGCUGCUCGAUCCUUGAGCUUGAGCAUGGUGGGCGAUUACAAGCUCAAGCCCUCCAAGCAGCACUUUUGCUGCCUGGUGGAUUUGCUGGGCCGAUCGGGGCACGUUUUAGACGCUGUGGAUCUUGUCAAUAACAUGCCUUACGAGCCUGAUGUUCUAGAAUGGACAUGCUUGCUUAGCUCUAGUUCUAGUAGCUCAUCACUUGGAGUUCAGGCAGCAAAGAGAGUUUUCGACAAGGAUCAAGGAGAGGGCCAUGCCUUUGUGUUGCUUGCAUCGAAUCUAGAACAAACUAGACUCGGUUCACAGUCAGAUCUUGAUCCACACCUUAGCUUGCGCGCUUAG